AUGCCCUGGCAUAUUCAGUCACGAAUUUUCCAUGAAAUAAAGCGCGAUACCGAGAAACCUCUUCCAAUGGUUCAGGCUAAGAGCAGAUUACUGGAUCUCGCACGAUGCUAUGCAGACGGCUUCGGAGUCGAUCGUUGUCCCUCCCAAAUGCUGAACUGUUUUAAUGCCGCUGCAGUCCGGGGCGACAGAUUUGCCACUUUGAUGCUGAUUCGACUGCAAGAGUCUUGGAAUGAUUCCGAUGGCGAACUUCUCCGGUCAAGGGCCAAACCGUUCCUGGCCACGAAUGAGGCCGAACCCAAAACCGAGAGCGUGCAGGGAGAAGGGCAGGGUUUGCAAGAAUACGGCGAGUGGGAAGGAAUUGUGAAAGCGGCAGAAACUCUCCGUACCCUACCUGAAGAGAUCUACCUUUGCACCUUCCUCCAGGAAAUGCCUAAGAUCACUCGGCCACAGUCGGUUGGGCGGUAUCUCUCCACCCAAGCGGAGGAGAACCGAGAAAGUUGGUGGGAAAUGACAACCCUCUUAACGGCCAACCUGGAGAAACUGAAGGGUAUAGAAGUUGCACACAAACAAGAAGCAGAGACACAAAACAUGCUUGGAGAGACACCACUUGUGGCAGCCUGCGCUAACGGGUGGACACCUGUGGUGAAGAUGCUCUUGUAUCUCGGCGUCGACGCAAGUGUAACGGACAACCGUGGCGUAAAUGGUCUUCAUUAUCUGUGGAAUGUCUCUGACCACAAUAAACCCGAGGUUGCUGGGUUGCUCCUCCAUAGAGGUGCCGAGCUGACCCAGGUUGGUGCCGCCUGGGUGGGAGAUCUCUAUCUACAAGGAACGCCGCUCCAUUGGGCCAUCCAAGUGCGAUCCCUGUCGACGAUUCAACUCCUCCUCAACGCAGGCGCCGACGUUGACGAUGGCCACUGGAAGUUGAACCCUCUCGAAAUGGCAACACGUUGCUACUUUCCAGAAGUGAUUGAGCUCUUGCUCUCUCAUAAACGAGAGGCCUCAGAUGCUCGGUCUCAGCAUCGGUCUCUCAGCCAGAGCAUGAAAGACAUCUUUACGAGGCACAAAUCAGAUCGAAUUGGGAGACCUGGGAUUAGCAACCAUGGAUCCGAGGCCUCCAACCGAUUGCAAAGCUUAAGCAACGCCGCCUUCGCUGUUCUUGAACGGCCCAGCUACUUCAAAACUCGCUACAUGCACGGCAGACGGUAUGAAGAUGAUGUCGCAGGCACCCUUAACCUAUUUGCCCGCAGAGGCGUGGAUGCCAACGAAAUCACCAAGGAUGGCAUCGGGAUGCUGCCGCUGGCGACCCACCCCGAAGUCGACGACGUGCUUUUUGGCAUUAUCAUUAGGCACGGCCUCAACAUGCAUGCUGUUGGUAAGGACGGGCAGACAGUGGUAGAUUGGCUGGUUCAUGCAGCAGGAAUUGCCAGCCAAAACCACAGCGGCACUGAACAACUCGCAGUUAGAAAACUCAAAACAUUGGCACAGAGUGGAUAUUUGUUUCCAGAGCGUACAAGACAGGGGAAUUCGUUACUUCAUACAUGCGCGUCGGAGAAUCUUCCCCUUUUCACCGAAGAAUUGAUCAUGAAUGGGUUCGAUAUUGAAGCCCGCAAUAGCACCGAUUCCGGCUAUUAUCCACACGGGAGACAACAAAAGUUCGACUUCAGCCAUGGUUACGCCACGCCGCUUUUGAGCGCCGCUAACAACGGUUCGCUGGAGACGCUGAAAGUCCUGUUGCAGCAUCACGCGAAGACUGAGGUGGUUCUCGAAACCAGGCCUUCGUACCUACAGUUCACACCUAUCAUGUGCGCAACCGCAAGCGGCUUUCCCGACGUCGUGGAUGAGCUGUUACGACAACCCUCGGGGACAAUCUGCCUGCCAGAAAUUGACGGCGAGAUUGGCACAUUGCUCAAUCUUCCUCACCACUGCAUGCUUGGGCCGUUUAAGCGGAGGCAGAACAUGGUUCGCCACCUCUUGUGGACCUGUAAGCAUGCGAUCAGGAAGGAGGAUGCCCUGCAUCGAACGUUGGCCGGGUUAAACCCACUGCACCAAGCUAUACUUGCCGGUGACAAUGUGAGUGUCAGACUGCUGCUGGACGAGGGGGCGGACCCCGAGAAGCCGGCCAACAUGAGACCUGACAACCCAAUGAGGAGACCAUUAGAGCGUGGUAGCUUUAUUGUCCAGGACAACGAGGGGGUUAUUCGUGAUAUUCCGGUCAGUAUGAUGUUAGAACAACAUGGAUACCACGAACCGCCACCCAGGACUGUUCCACCACCUGGAUCGAUAUCGUCUCUCCAUCUAGCCAUCAUCACAAGGUAUUCUGUUUCACAGCAGCCAUUCAGCAAGGCCGUGAUGGAAGCAUUGGAAGAUUUCCAAUCAAACUUUUCAGGAAAAAUCAUCUCAUUCACAUCCCCCGAUAUUGUCGAUGGUGCCUCUCAGUUGCCAAUGCUCAAAGCCAAUAAUGCCAUUGUGAAGAUGCUGCUCGAGCAUGGCAUGAAGCCGACAUUGGAGGACAUCGCAGAGAUGUGCAGAGAAAAGGAUCGAGCUAUGUUGCGUCUCCUCAUGCCGACGGACGAUAUACGAACGAGAUUUUUGUCAGAAAAGGACAGCACAGGUCGCUCUUUGCUUGAUAUCGCAGUGGAAUCAGGAGACAAGAGGAUUGUUGACUUCUUAAAUGGCGAAGACGACGAAUUCCUUCUUGAUGAGAUUUGA